ACGCUCUUCCUUUGUUUGAUACCCGUAAGGUACAUAUAUAUAUAUAUAUAUAUAUAUAUAUACAUACAUAUAUAUUUUCCUCUCCCUGUCCUUUUUCGCACGGUUUUUGUACCGGUACUAUAUACGGUGAUCUGGCGAAAGUCGGAUUGGAGCUGUAGAGGGACUGAGCCAGCAACAGGAGCGUAAAGACCGCAAUCGGCACCCGACACAGCGGAAGAGGAGCGUUUAGGUCCAUUUGGGAGGGAAAUCUACCGAGAGUCCGUGCCUAGAGUACCGGCACAUCCACCUGCUUCCCCUCCUUUUGUGUCCUUCCCUCCUCUCUUCCGAGAAAUCGGAGUCCCCUUCUCUCUUAAGGGCCUCUUUCCCCUCCUCCCUUCCUUCCACCCUCACCGCCGGCCUACCGUUAGGCAAACUCUCUUCUUUUUUCUUUUCUCUCCUUUCCUUUCUCUCCGCCCCACCCACCCCUCCCCUCCCCUCGUCCUCACUUUAAUACCCGUUCGGUCCUUCCAUCAAAUCAAUUCACCAUGACAAUUGCCACUCUCCCAAUUGAGGACGCUCCCCGUUUCCAGAAGGACACCCGUGGCUUUGCUACCCGUGCCGUUCAAGCCGGUGCCCCUCAUGAUCCCGUCACUGGUGCUGUCAUCGCUCCCGUAAUUCUCCCAAUCCCUCCUCGAUUACUUUUUGGUCCCUAUUCCCCAGGUGCUGAUAAAUUCUCUAGAUCUCGCUUUCCACUACCUUCGCUCAAACCGGUGUUGGAAACCCGGUUGGUCUCUACGAAUACUCUCGCAGCUCCAAUCCCAAUAGGGAUCACUUUGAGCAUGCCGUCGCUGCUCUAGAGAAUGCCAAUUACGCCCUGGCAUUUUCCUCUGGUUCCGCCACCACUGCAACCAUCUUGCAGAGCCUGGCAACCGGCUCCCAUGUCAUUUCCAUCUCUGAUGUCUAUGGCGGGACCCAUAGAUAUUUCACCAAGGUUGCUGCUGCCCACGGCAUCCGCGUUACCUUUACUGGUGCGAUUGAAGUCGAUGCCCGUGCCAUGAUUGAGGAGAAUACCAAGUUGAUUUGGAUUGAGACCCCUUCCAAUCCUACACUAUCGCUUGUUGAUAUCCAGUCUGUUGCCGAUGUUGCCCACGAACAUGGCAUUAUGGUGGUUGUUGAUAAUACUUUUUUGUCGCCCUAUGUCCAGAACCCGUUGGACCAUGGUGCAGACAUCGUUAUCCAUUCGGUCACAAAGUACAUUAACGGGCAUAGUGUAUGUUGCUCCAUGUCGGACCUGUGCAACCCCCGGGUUGAUGCUGACGCUUAUCAUAGGAUGUGUUGAUGGGUGUCGCCGCGUACAAUUCCUCUGAACUCAACGACACACUGACCUUCCUUCAAAAUGCUAUUGGAGCCGUCCCGAGCCCCUUUGACUGCUGGCUCGCUCAUCGAGGCCUGAAGACACUCCAUCUCAGAGCCAAGGCUGCCAACGAGAAUGCUAUGGCCAUCGCUCAAUUCUUGGAGUCUUCUCCUCAUGUCAUCUCGGUCAACUACCCCGGUUUGAACUCUCAUCCCCAGCGCAAAGUCGCCAUCAAGCAACACAGAAAGGCAAUGGGUGGUGGAAUGAUCUCUUUCCGCAUACGUGGCGGCUUCCCAGCGGCCGAGCGCUUCUGCAAGGAAACCAGGAUUUUUACUCUCGCUGAAUCGCUUGGGGGUGUCGAGUCCCUUUGUGAGGUCCCGGCUAGUAUGACUCAUGCUGGGAUUCCUAUUGCCGCUAGAGAAAAGUCCGGCGUCUUUGACGAUCUUAUUAGAUUGUCUGUUGGUAUUGAAGACGCUGAGGACCUUGUGGAUGACAUCUCUGGUUCUAUCUCCCGGGUUAUGGAUUCAUUCAGGGCAGAAGAAGCCACUGCCUGAUUUUGCUCCCUGCGCCUGGCGUCCCCCUUACACAUUUUGCUUUUGCUUUGCUUUCGCUUCUUUUUUUCUUUUUUUUCUUUUUUACCCCUGUAAUGACAUUUAGAAUGAAGUCUUGGUCAUGUUACUUAGACGGGUGGCUGAUUCUGAAUGAUAGACGACUGGGAACUUCAGAAAUGGGAUUGAGGACACACUGCGGUGUGAGUUUCGUUUCAUUUUUUUCUCACGUUUCCUGUUUUCCGACCUUCUCUGGUCUUGGGCGUUUCUUGGUGGCUUUGAUGUUUUUUUUUUUUUUUACAAACUUUCUAGAAAUUCAUACCAGUAUAUACGGGUCAAUAGGAUUGC